AAUUUAUUUGAAUUUGUUCGGUAUAAAUAGGUGGGAAUCAACAAAAUAAUAGAGUCUGAGGCUGGUUUGACGAAGGCGUUAAUAAAACCGCGGGCCGGGGAAAACAAAGUUAACGGGGACAGAGGGUGUGGUCGUCCUGUUAUUUAAGGAAAGGGAGGAGGGUAAAGGGGGAAACCAAAAAAAGUGCCGCAUAAGACAAAAGAGAGAGGGAAGUAGAACAAGAAGAAGUUGUAGAAGAAGAAGAAGAAGAAGUAGUAGUAGUAGAACAAGUUGAAGAAGGAAGAAGAAUAAGAUAGGUGAAGGGUAGGAGAUGUUUUGUUUAUACUGAAAGAACAAUCCUUUUCCUUGUGGGAUUUCAGAUCUCUCUCUGGAAUGAGGUGGGGAGGUUUGUGAAUUUUUGGGGUGGAUUGGGAAGAUGGAAAGUUGGACGUCGGUGGAUGGGGUGGUGGAGGAGAUUAUGAGGAUUCACAGAUCUCUGCCGCCGCGUCCUUCGAUUGAAGAGGUGGAGGUGGCCAGAGGUUUGAUCGUCAAUGUCGAGAAGGAAGACCAGGCCAGGCUUGAGGCCAUAGCGCGACAGAGCAAGGGUGUGGAUGUGCCCGAAGAGCUCUUUAUGGUGCUCCAAGAGAUGCAGAGGAACGUCGUGUAUUACCAGAGCAAGGAGCAGAAGAGGGAGGCUCUCAAACUUCUCGAUCUCGACAACGUUCAUUCUCUGUUCGAUGAAUUGAUUCAGAGAGCUUCUAAGUGCGUUUCAUCUCCCUCUGCACCUGCUUCUCGCAAAACAUCCUACUCUAACGGUCCCGUUUCCUCGGUUUCCACGAAUUUGUCCAUGAAUUCUGUUUCUGCUUCGGUUUCCGUUGGUGGUUUUGAUAAGCCCUCACCUGUACCUGCUGCCACUGCUGCUACUUCUAAAAUGUUCCACCCGGAUAAAGAACGUCCUGAAUUGGUCACGCGGGAUGACAGUUAUGUCAAGAAGGUCAAAUCCUCGUUUUACUCCAAUGGGUAUGGAGUUGAACCCACUAUCCCUUCCAAAGCCAGUAUAUUGAAUCCAUCGUUAAAACCCACAGCUCCCGCAGGUCAAGAUGGGGAUAAGUUGAGUUUGAUAAAGCUUGCUAGCUUAAUCGAAGUGUCUGCGAAGAAAGGGACUCGUGAUCUCAAUCUGCAGAACAAGUUGGCGGACCAGGUUGAUUGGCUGCCUGAUUCGAUAGGGAAGUUGUCGAGUUUGGUUACUCUUGAUUUGUCAGAGAAUCGGAUUAUGGCCCUACCUGCUACGAUUGGAGGGCUUUCAUCAUUGACCAGAUUGGACUUGCAUUCCAAUAAAAUCUCUGAGCUUCCUGAUUCUGUUGGAAAUCUUCUCAGUCUGGUUUAUCUUGAUCUGCGGGGAAACCAAUUAACUCUUCUGCCUGCAUCUUUUACCAGGUUGAUACGUCUGGAGGAGCUUGAUUUGAGUUCAAAUCAGAUUUCAGCGCUUCCCGAUACUCUAGGGUCGCUUGUUAGACUAAAAGUAUUGAAUGUGGAAACGAAUGAUGUAGAGGAACUUCCUCACUCUGUUGGUAAUUGUUCUUCCCUUAGGGAGCUUCGCCUUGACUAUAACCGACUUAAGGCCCUGCCUGAAGCUGUUGGAAAGAUUCAGAGCCUCGAGAUUUUGUCUGUGCGGUACAAUAACAUCAAACAACUACCUACGACAAUGUCAUCUCUAACAAACCUUAAGGAACUUAAUGUGAGUUUCAAUGAGCUCGAGUCUGUGCCCGAGAGCCUGUGUUUUGCCACCUCGCUUGUCAAGAUGAACAUAGGCAACAAUUUUGCUGACAUGAGAUACUUACCGAGAUCCAUUGGGAAUCUUGAAAUGCUUGAGGAAUUGGAUAUCAGCAAUAAUCAGAUACGUGUGCUUCCUGACUCGUUUAGGAUGCUCACUCGACUUCGCAUCCUGCGAGCAGAAGAGAAUCCUCUUGAAGUUCCACCGAGAGAUAUAGCUGAGAAGGGAGCUCAGGCUGUUGUUCAAUACAUGGCUGAGCUUGUUGAGAAGAGGGAAAAGAAAGAUAUUAAAUCACAGCCUCUUAAGCAGAAAAAGAGUUGGGCUCAGAUGUGCUUCUUUUCAAAGUCUAACAAGAGAAAGCGUGACGGGGUUGAUUAUGUGAAAACCUGAUUUCAUUCCGCGACACCGAUGUUGGCAAGCAACAGAUUCCAUGUGUAAGGGAUAUGCAUUUAAAAAUAGAGACAAAUAUAUCCCUGAGUGUGCGGUCAAUAAUAUGCAGAGAUAUGGAUCGUGCAAGCAUGAAUUGACAGCCUUCGUAGGCAGUUAUAAUUUGCUUUGACUUGACGGCACAAAUUGUAGAUUUCUUGUUCAAUAUUUUCUGAUUUUCUUUCCCUGUAUAAUUUGAAUUUUCUAUUUAUUUCAUUUGUAUUCUGUUGUCUUGAAAGUAGAAAGAAGUGUACACAAUCCAAAAGGCAAACAGCGAUGGACAGUGGGAGAGGAACCGAAGAUGAUUAUGUACUAUCUAUCGUUAUGUAUGUACAAUUGUAACUUCACUCUAUUGUUAAAUGAAUUACAGGUUACCCUUUGUACCAUCUUUCA